CUCUCGUCUCUCGUCAAAAUGUCUCCCAGUCACUGGGUCACUGCAGUCCAGAAAUGUUAUGUAAUCUACUUAUUCUAUUUAAUUAUCUACUCUUGUGAUGGUGGGCAGGAAGAAGAGUUUAAGUUGUACACGUGAACCAUACUGAUUGGGUUUUCGGUUUCAGAUUAAAAAAGGAACUUUAUGUCAACAAAUGAACUUUUGAGUAAACUGACAAGUGUCGUGUGUACAAGUGUUGAGGCGUGUGUGGUGUGAUACUGGGUGUUGUCUCCACACCUCAACUUGUCUCGUCCUGUCAUACACAUACAUGGUGGGUGUUAGUGUGAUUUUUGUUGAUGGCGCUGCUGGUAAGUGGCUCUUGUGAUGCUACCGAGACAGCAGAUAAGUUUCAAGAUAAUUUUUUUGUCAGUGAAGGUGCUCAAUCUCCCGCCACGUCAUAUCACAGUCCAUGGACCACAACUUUAGAUAUAUUGAAGGACAAUGUGUGCAUUAUAAAUCGACUGGGAUCCUGUUGUGGUACAUCUACCUGUUAAAUUUAAUCGCAAUCCGGUCGAUAGUGAGUCGCAAGAUAUACCUUAACUUGUCACCUCCCUGGACCUGGCCUUUUUGCCCCCCCCCCUUACCUACGCCCUUUAAAUGUAACUUAGUCCUUCCUAAAUUAGCUGACCUCCCCCUACCCAGAUCUCUCUCUCCCACCUCGUAUCCCCUCAUUCCUCCCUUCCUCUCUCCACAGAGGUUCACCCAAGGAACACCUAAAGGUUGACCUCUGCUCCGUCCUUGUAACCCACAUUAAAUUAUAAAUGAAUGCGUUACACUGGUUGAUAAAAUGAUUAGUGUGAAGGAGGAAGGCCAGCGAGGUGGUGGUGACGCGUCAGUCAACUACAAGCUUCAGUCCUCAGUGUUAUUGCAACUUUACCUGGACGUUAACAUGACACACAUGUGGAUGCUUAGUAUAGCAUGGGGCUUCUUGUGUCUUGGCCACGUCCAGACGGCUACAACACACCACAAUGCUGAGGAAGAAUUUUUGAAGGAGAUACAAAGGGCUUUUGGCAGUCACCGGGAAAUCCUGAACAACAUUCGCAGUCACGUGGAGCUCAACAAGCAUCGCCUCGUCAAGCUGGCCGACGAACUUGAGGAAAUUAUUGAAAGAUCAGAUGAGACCAAGCCAAGUUUUUCCCUUCACGACGCUUCUCGCGUGCACACUCCCACCUGUCUACAUUCUCCGCACACUAGCCUCUCGGGGUCUGUAUCUGGCUCAGGUAACACACAACCUGCGGUGAAGGAUAUAAAUCAUGACCAAGGUAUAACAAUAAUAUCUGCAGCAGACGACACAGGCGAGGCAUCACGGCCAUCCAGCAACACAAACGCCACCACGAAACAUAUAAACAUAAACAAUGACACAAGUGACUCCUUCCAAGGACUACUUCCUCAAGGUGAAGACACAAGUGAAGAGUUGGACCUCGGUAGCGGCGGUGAGGAGAUGACGAAGGCGUUGACGGCACUAGAGGCUUUGGCUGAGGCACGACGCCGCCCUGUUAAGCAUUCCAGCUACCGCACCACCACACCUCCCCAGGAACUUCUCGCCUCGGCUGGCCCAGCAGGGGGCAUGAUGGGGGUCUUGGAGGGGCUGGAGUCUCUGGCCAGGAGUUUCCACCAAUAUGAUGAACGUGUCACCACACCCGCCCCAGACACACCACGUAACAUGGCGGAGGUCCUGGCAGCUAUAGACGCUCUGGCACAGCGAGUGAUCCGCAACACCUCCACUAUUGAGGCUCCUGAUGACAGCCUGCCACAGUACCACAACAUCCACGAAGUUUUGGAUGCUUUACGACAGUUGAACGCGUCUCUAUGGUCAACAUCGACACAGAACACCGAGCCUGGAAACUACCUGCCGUGCGAGGAGCCCUACGAGGAAAUCGCCUACCGUAUGUGUAUCCUGCAGAUAACAGACAAAAAGCUGUCGUGGCCCGCCGCCUGGGAAUACUGCUGGAGUCGUGGGGCGGUGCUGGUGCAGGAUCCCGUGGUGGUCAAGACCAGGAGGCACCUCGACCAACUAUACGGGGAGUCCGGCUCACGUGUGCGUUGGCCUAUAUGGGUAGGCGGUAAAGAGAUAGUGGAGGGUGGAAAUAAAGUGUGGAAGUGGGCUGACGGGUCUUUGGUACCACAGUUCUUGUGGAAUGAAGGUCAGCCUCGACACUACAGCCGCCUUCAUGCUCCCCUCGGCUCCUGCAUGUUCCUUGACGGCUACAAGAACUUUUACGCCUCCAGCCUCCCCUGCCACCUGAAGCGGCGCUUUGUUUGUCAACGUCGAGAAUAGAAUGUCUGCACUCCAUCGCGAGCAGCAGUAAUGAUGAAAAAUUUUACCAGAACGUACGAUAAUUAACAACACUAUGAAUGUUUAUUAAUGCUGUAUUUGCGUAAAACGCGAAACAUGGAUUAAUGUGUUUUAGAAUAACUCAAGGUAAAGUGUUAGUUAGGCCAGAUGCCAAGUUAUAUCCUGAUGUUUGUGGGGGACACGGCCACAUACGUCACAAUGAAUCGCAUAAUUCACUUAUUUUGUACAUUAACUAUUGUAUUGUUCAAGUGAAGAUAAAAUAUUUAACAACAGACAGAGAAACACACACAAUGUGUCUGGUGCGUGAGAUUGAGCCAAAAUCCUACAUCAUACUGUACUACACUAGUACAGUAUUCAUGAAGCUCCGGGUAAGAGUGGAUAAUAAAUUUGAAAGCUGUUAUUAAUAUGUACUCCAAUAUCAUUGUUAAUAUUUUAGUGGUGGUACAAGCCAUCUUCUAACCCGCACUUAGACAUGUUUAAAACUUAGGAAUAAUUCUUGGUAGUGGUGGUACAAGCCGUCUUCUAACCCGCACUUAGACGUAUUUAAAACUUAGGAAUAAUUCUUGGUUCCGUUAAUGUUUUGACGGAACCAAGAGAGCUCUUAUAAAUCCAGGUUUGACCAGUAGUAUUGAUACAGUCGCGGUGCAUUCACAAUCCUGUGCAUGUCCAAUACCUGCCUGCUGUGAGCCGUCGUCCAAACGGCAGUAAUGAGGAGUGAAAGGACAGCCACUGGCGGUGAAUAAUUAUAAUUACUGAUUAUUUUACAUAUAGAUCUCCCUUGGAGAUAACACUGUAUACUGCUCUUACCCUUCAUCACUAUUUGUAAUUACAUAAUAAAGUUCAGUACUGUACUGCAGGGGUUCUCAAACUUUUUUCACCCAAGGACCCCUUAUAUACCAUGACGCAUAAAAAUAUUGUCAAUAAUCAAAGAAUAAAUCAUAGUCCAAUGCAUUUGUUCAUUUCAACCCAAAUCCAAAAUAUCCUGCAAAUUGGAAUCGCCAAAUCUCUCACAAACGUUUAAACGCACUAUUUCUCAAAAACUUUUCGCGGACCCCAGUUUGAGAAUCACUGCUGUACUGUACCGAUCAUCAAAUUAUAAUUAUCGUCUUUAGGAACACAAUAUAAUAAUUAUUUAACAAACGCUGAGAAUAUAUGCAGUAGUACUAUAAUCCAAUUACUGUAACGCGAUAUAUACAUACUGGAGAAAUACAGUAUCUACAUCAUACGCCUUGACACAACUGUUAACCAUCAAUAAAUUUGGAGUUUCUUCGGGUUAACAUGUUUCGUAUUUACAGUAACACAUUGACCUCACUCUACAUUUGUGGCCACCUACUUCUUCCGUCACACAGUUAAUAUAUUUUUUUUUCUAUUUUGGUUUCGUUUGAUUUUGUUUGUUAGUUAAAUGUUAAGUGUAGCUACAUCACUUUGUUAUGGGAUCUUUAUCAAUGUUUAUCUAAGGAAAAGAAUCUUAUGGAGACUGUCUACAAAACCAAGUGUGAAAACCAUUGAUGAAGCAAACCAUAAUGAACUAAUGUAACCUAACCUAACCAACACUAACCAAGGACGGAUGGAAUUAGUGGAAAAAUGUUCCGUUGAGGUGAUUCAUUCGGUCUGCUUUUCAAACUAUGUUCUCAUCUGUCCUGUUCAAUCGGUUAUUCCUCGCCACUGGAUUUGUAUUAAUAUAAAUAAACCAGGUUAAGAACGUGUA